ACCUGGAGAUGCAGAUCGAGGGGCUGAAGGAGGAGCUCAUCUAUCUCAAGAAACCAUGAGGAGGAGCUGCUGGCCAUGAGGACGCAGAUGACUGGACAGAUCAACGUGGAGGUGGACGCAGCACCACAGGAGGACCUGUCCAAAGUCAUGGCUGAGAUCCGUGAGCAGUACGAGUCCGCUAAUGCCAGAAACCAGCGCGAUCUGGAGGCUUGGUUCCAGACCAAGACAGAGACGUUGAACAAGGAGGUGGCGUCCAGCACAGAGGUUCUCCAGACCUCCAAGUCAGAGAUUUCGGAGAUCCGUCGCACACUGCAGGCCCUGGAAAUCGAACUGCAGUCACAGCAAAGCAUGAAAGGCUCCCUGGAGAACACGCUGGCGGAGACGGAGGGCCGUUACUCCAUGCAGCUGGGACGCCUCCAGAACCAAGUGACCGGUCUGGAGGAGCAGCUAGUGUCUCUCCGCAGCGACAUGGAACGCCAGGGCCAGGAGUACAAGAUGCUGCUGGACAUCAAGACACCCUGGAGAUGGAGAUCGCUGAGUACAGGAGGCUGCUGGACGGAGAGGCUAGCGGCCUCCUGUACUCAGCGAUCUCCAUCUCCAGCCUCAUCUUGAUGUCCAGGAGGAUCU